CCAAGCGCGCAGACCUCUCGGCCGGACUGAGGACGCCGCCCGCUCCGGGCCGCCCCUGCGCUCGCUUUCGGCGCCCGCUCGGCCUACCGCCCCGGGGCCAGCGCCGCUUCCCGCCAGCGUCGGAGCGCAGAGCUCCCGCCUCCGGGAGCCUCCCGGCCGUCGGCGGACCCCGCGGCCCCGGCGCCCGCGCGCUCGGCGCCCUGCUCGCGGGGCACAGCGGAGGGCGGCGGCCGGCUGGGGAUGGGCGGCCCGGCGGCGCGGAGGGGCGCCGGGGGGCUCCGCGCGCUGCUUCUAGCGCUGGUGGCCGCGGGGACCCCCGCGGGCGCCUACAACCUCGAUCCGCAGCGCCCCGUGCGCUUCCAGGGGCCCGCCGGUUCCUUCUUCGGCUACGCGGUGCUGGAGCACUUCCACGACAACACGCGCUGGGUCCUUGUGGGUGCACCAAAGGCAGAGUCCAAGUACAGCACUUCAGUGAAGUCCCCUGGGGCUGUGUUUAAGUGCCGUGUCCACACCAACCCCGACCGGAGAUGCACCGAAUUGGACAUGGCUCGAGGGAAGAACCGGGGCAUGCCGUGUGGAAAGACCUGCCGGGAAGACCGGGAUGAUGAGUGGAUGGGGGUGAGCCUGGCCCGGCAGCCCAAGGCUGAUGGCCUCGUGCUGGCCUGUGCCCACCGCUGGAAGAACAUCUACUAUGAAACAGACCAUAUCCUGCCCCACGGCUUCUGUUACAUCAUCCCAUCCAAUCUCCAGGCCAAAGGCAGGACACUGAUCCCUUGCUAUGAAGAGUAUAAGAAGAAGUACGGAGAGGAACACGGCUCCUGCCAGGCUGGGAUAGCAGGCUUCUUCACUGAGGAGCUGGUGGUGAUGGGCGCCCCAGGGUCAUUUUAUUGGGCCGGGACAGUCAAAGUGCUGAACCUUACGGACAACACCUAUUUCAAACUGAACGAUGAAGCAAUCAUGAACAGACGGUACACUUACCUGGGCUAUGCGGUGACAGCCGGCUCCUUCUCUCGCCCAUCCACCACCGAUGUGGUAGGAGGUGCCCCCCAGGACGAAGGCAUCGGGAAGGUUUAUAUUUUUAGAGCUGAUCGAAGAUCAGGCACCUUAAUUAAGAUUUUUCAGGCAUCAGGUAAAAAGAUGGGCUCUUACUUCGGCUCCUCCUUAUGUGCAGUUGACCUGAACGCGGACGGCCUCUCUGACCUGCUGGUGGGGGCCCCCAUGUUCUCUGAGAUCAGGGAUGAGGGGCAGGUCACUGUCUACAUCAACAGAGGAAAUGGAGCCCUCGAGGAGCAGCUGGCCCUGAGUGGUGAUGGCGCCUACAAUGCACACUUUGGGGAGAGCAUCGCCAGCCUGGGUGACCUUGAUGAUGAUGGGUUCCCAGAUGUGGCCAUUGGCGCACCCAAGGAGGACGACUUCUCCGGGGCCGUCUAUAUCUAUCAUGGCGACUCUGGCGGGAUCAUCCCUCAGUACUCAAUGAAACUGUCAGGCCAGAAGAUAAGUCCAGUUCUGCGGAUGUUUGGGCAGUCCAUAUCAGGAGGCAUUGAUAUGGAUGGAAAUGGCUAUCCUGAUGUAACUAUUGGAGCCUUCAUGUCUGACAGCGUGGUUCUUCUAAGGGCGAGACCUGUCAUUACAGUGGAUGUCUCCAUCUUCCUCCCAGCCUCCAUCAACAUCACGGCGCCUCAGUGUCACGAUGGGCUGCAGCCUGUGAACUGCCUCAACGUCACCGCCUGCUUUAGCUUCCAUGGCAAGCACGUUCCAGGAGAACUUGGCCUCAAUUACGUUCUGACGUCUGAUGUGGCCAAAAAGGCAAAGGGCCAGCUGCCCAGGGUCUACUUUGUGUUGCUGGGAGAGUCCGUGGGUCAGAUCACAGAGAAGCUGCAGCUGGUCCACAUGGAGGAGACGUGUCAUCACUACGUGGCCCACGUGAAGCGGCGAGUGCAGGACGUCAUCAGUCCCAUCGUGUUUGAAGCUGCCUACAGCCUGGGCGAGCACGUGACUGGAGAGGAGGAGAGAGAACUGCCCCCUCUAACACCAGUGCUCCGCUGGAAAAAGGGACAGAAGAUUGCCCAGAAGAAUCAGACCGUCUUUGAAAGGAAUUGCCGUUCAGAGGACUGUGCCGCCAACCUGCAGCUCCAGGGUCGGCUGUUGCUCUCCAGUGUUGAUGGAAAAACCCCCUAUCUAGCUUUGGGGGCUGUGAAGAAUAUCUCCCUAAACAUCUCCAUCUCAAACCUCGGGGAUGAUGCUUAUGAUGCCAACGUGUCCUUCAACGUUUCCCGGGAGCUCUUCUUCAUCAACAUGUGGCAGAAGGAGGAAAUGGGCAUUUCCUGUGAACUGCUCGAAUCAGACUUCCUCAAAUGCAGCGUGGGAUUCCCUUUCAUGAGGUCAAAAUCGAAGUACGAAUUCAGCGUGAUCUUUGACACAAGCCACCUGUCUGGGGAAGAGGAAGUCCUUAGCUUCAUCAUUACUGCUCAGAGUGGCAACGUGGAACGCUCUGAGUCCCUGCAUGACAACACCCUCAUGCUGACAGUGCCGCUGAUGCACGAAGUGGACUCGUCCAUCACUGCAAUCAUGUCUCCAACCUCCUUUGUGUACGGCGAGUCUGUGGAUGCCUCCAACUUCAUUCAGCUGGAUGACCUGGAGUGCCAUUUCCAGCCCCUCAACAUCACCCUUCAGGUCUAUAACACUGGGCCAAGCACCCUUCCUGGGUCAUCUGUCAGCAUCGCUUUCCCCAAUCGACUGUCAUCUGGAGGUGCAGAGAUGUUUCAUGUCCAGGAGGUGGUGGUGAGCCAAGAGAAGGGAAACUGUUUCCUUAGAAAAACCCCAACCCCCUGCAUCAUCCCUCAAGAGCAAGAAAAUAUCUUCCAUACAAUAUUUGCCUUUUUCACAAAGUCUGGAAGAAAAGUCUUGGACUGUGAAAAACUAGGAAUUUCUUGCCUAACGAUGCACUGUAACCUUAGUGCGCUUGCUAAAGAAGAAAGUCGUACUAUAGACAUUUACAUGCUGCUGAACACAGAAAUAUUGAAGAAGGACAGUUCAUCUGUCAUCCAGUUUAUGACCCGCGCGAAGGUCAAGGUGGACCCUGCCCUGAGGGUGGUGGAGAUAGCCAAUGGGAACCCAGAGGAGAUGAUGGUGGUCUUCGAAGCCCUGCACAACCUGGAGCCCCGGGGCUAUGUGGUGGGGUGGAUCAUCGCCGUAAGUUUGCUGGCGGGAGUCCUCAUCUUCCUGCUGCUGGCUGUAAUACUCUGGAAGAUGGGCUUCUUUCGCCGAAGGUACAAAGAAAUCAUUGAAGCGGAGAAAAACCGGAAAGAGAACGCAGAUGGUUGGGACUGGGUCCAGAAAAACCAGUGACCUGCCCCACCAGUCACAUGACCCCACCAUCCGCCUGGCAUCCUUGAUCUUUGUAUCUUCCAUAUUUGGAAGAAAGAAUCUUCUCCAGAUUUUCCGGAGGCCCCGCUGAUGCUGUCCUCUUCCUCACGUUACCAAGCCCAGGAGCCCACCUGAGGCAGCCACUCUGGCCAGGUCACAUGACUAGAGCCACCACCCAUUUCCUUUUAGAGAUGAACCCCAAACUUUGGAAAGCAAACUACAGAGCUGAGCGAUAUUUAUGGCUGCAACCUGCGUGGUCGACCCUCAGGGGAAAACUGUUACCUAAAAGUAUUUUUAUAAAUAUAAGCCUUUUAUACUGAUUAUGUCUUUAUAUUUGUAUCAAUGUCUUAUUAUGUCUAUUAAAUAGUUAUAUAAUUCACUCAAGCACUGAUAUCUGGCCUGAGAGCUUGAGCGUACAUGUGCAUUCAUACAAAUUUUAAAGAGUAAAAACCUGAUCGUACUUUGGAACUUGCUGUUAAAAGAGACUUGCGGAUAAAAUAAUCUGAAGAAACCUCGUGGGAUGAAUCCACCAAGCUGGCGGUGCUGCACAUAAACUGUGGUGGUGGCAAGACCCCUAAAACGAUUCACAUCUUCAUCGCCUUGGAGUCAAGUUCAAAGUAAUGUGCUAAAGAACUCGAAGUGGUUUUUCAUAUGUACCUGUCAUUGGAAGAUUUCCAGCAGGAAUUUGGAUGGAAAAACCUGACCCUGGCACAGGUCUGCUCUGCAUCACCUAUACAGCAGACAUCACACCCUCCUUCCACUUGGGUUAAUAAAUGAGAGCUUGGAGCAAGGCCAUUUGGUCAUCUGGUAAACCUCAGAAUGGCGUCUCAUCCUGGACAUCAUGCGUCAGAGUCCACACACCACAGGGACUAAAUCCGUGCCCAGCGAGCAAAGACUUGUGUCUGAAUGCUGUGAUGCGUUGCCUUUUCAUUGAGUUCAGAGGUCUCCACUUCUCCUACCCUUUUGCUGUCCCAGCUAAUGGUGACUGCAGAUCCCUUCCCAGAGAUGACCAUUCAACCUGUCCUUCGUUUUUAAAAUACUGUCUUAAGUGGGGUUCCCAAAAAGCAAACUCUGAUACAAGGA